GCCCUCCCUCAUCUUGAUCUAAAGCAGCUGUCGGCGCUGAUCCCCCUCGCAGAAGGAAGGCGAAGCAAAGCGGGAGGAGUUUGGGGGAAGAAACUUUCUCCUCGGAGGCGAUGGAGGCUUUCCACGCGGGGAAACUGGAGAAGCCUCGCUACCAUCCCCAUUAUGGGGUGAAGAAGAGCCCGCACGGGGCUGCUUUCAACUCGUGGAACGACUACUUGGGGCUGGCGACGCUGAUCCAGAGGCCGGAGAAGGGCUUCAGGAAGGAGGAGGAGGAGGAGGACUUGGAGGAGGAGGAGGAAGAAGAAGAGGAGGAAGAGGAAGAGUUGGAGGAGGAAGAGCUGGAGGAGGAAAGCGGGGAGGAGUACUUCGGCGCCGCGCUGGAUUUGCGCCACUUGUGCAGCCGCUUGGAGCAGCGCUUCGCCGGCUUGAGCCCCUUCUCGGCACCGCCGGGGGUUUUCCAUUGCGGGGACGCCUUGGAAGCCCGCGAGCGCUUCCUCCACGCGCCGCCCUCCGCUUCUCUCGCUGCUGCUGCUGCUGCGCCGCCGCCGCCUCCUCCUCCGCUGCUGCUGCCUUCCUCUUGCUCGUCCCGCGGUGGUCCUAGCGCCCGCCUGCUCAAGCCCAGCUCCUUACAGGUUUGUGUUUUCUGCCGGAACAACAAGGAAGCCGUGGCGCUCUACACCACGCACAUCCUGAAAGGGCCCGACGGACGCGUCCUGUGCCCGGUGCUGCGGCGCUACACCUGCCCUCUCUGCGGCGCCAGCGGAGACAACGCGCACACCAUCAAGUAUUGCCCGCUGUCCAAAAUGCACGGGAAGGGGCCCCCGCCCCCGCUCAAAAGCGCCCGGCAUCUCCUGGGCAAGAGGAUCCGCUAGUUUGAAACAUCCACGGGGGGAAAGCGGCGCGCCCUCCGCCUCGGGGUUGUUGCGCGCGGGCGGCCCCUACUGGCCGGCAUUAGAACGACAUUCCUUGAUUUGCCACCAUCCUCCCAUAGAAAGAAAGUAACAUUGGGUGUUUCAAUGGAGCGUACUGCUGCCUUGGGGUUGUUGCGCACGGGCGGCCCCUACUGGCCAGGAAUUAGAAUGACACUCCUUUAGCGCGAAGACUCUCCCAUAGAGACUGAUAGAAAAAAUAUAUUGGAUGUUAUGGAGCGCACUGCCGCCUUGGGAUUGUUGCGGGCGGGAGGCCCCUACUGGCCGAAACAAGAAUGACACUCCUUUUUUGCCACCAUCCUCCCAUAGAGGCUGAUCGAAAGAAAAAACCUUGGGUGUUUGAAUGGAGCGCACUGCUGCCUCGGGGUUUUUGCGCACAGGCGGCCCCUACUGGCCGGCAUAAGAACGACACUUUUAUGCCACGAUCCUCCUGUAGAGGCUAAUAGCAAAAAAAUAUAUUGGAUGUUGAAUGGAGCGUACUGGCGGCUUGGGGUUGUUGCGCGCGGGCGGCCCCUACUGGCCUGAAUUAGAAUGACUAUUUGCCAUCAUCCUCCCAUACAGACAGAUAGAAAGAAAAAAAAAUUGGAUGUUGAAUGGAGCUCACUGCUGCCUCGGGGUUGUUGCGCGCGGGCGGCCCCUCCUGGCCGGAAUUAGAAUGACACCCUGUAGCGAAAGACUCUCCCAUUGGCUGAUAGAGGAAAAACCAUCAGAUUUUGAAUGGAGUGCACUGCUGCCCUGGGGUUGUUGCGCUCGGGCGACCUCUACUGGCUGGAAUUAGAAUGACAGGCUUCUUUAGUGCAAAGAUUCUCCCAUAAAGGCUGAUGGCGGGAAAAAACAUUGGAUUUUGAAUGGAGCGCAUUGCUGCCUUGGGGCUGUUGCGUGUGGGUGGCCCCUACUGGCCAGGAAUUAGAUUGACCCACUCCUUUAGUGCGAAGACCCUUCCAUAGGCUGAUAGGAGGAAUGACCCACUCCUUUAGCGCGAAGAUUCUUCCAUAGGCCGAUAGGAGGAAAAAAAUCCAUCAGAUUUUGAAUGGAAUGCCCAGCCGUCUUGGCGUUAUUGUGCGCAAGGUCCCCUACUGGCCAGGAAUAAGAAUGGCACUACUUUAAUGCGAAGACCCUGAUAGGAGGCAAAAAAUUGGAUGUUGAAUGGAGCACACCGCUAUCUUGGAGUUGUUUCACAUGGGCGACCCCUAGAGGCAGAAAGGAGAAAGACAACUUUGUAUUUAUGUUUCAUUCGCACUCUAGAGGUGGAUGGCAUUUUUGGAUGGCGCAUCCUCUUCGCUCGCACAGCCACCUUGGGGUAAUUGCGCGCCACCCCAACUCCUGCUGGCCGAAAUAAGAAUGACACCCGCCCUUAGCACGAAGACCCUCAUAGAGGCGGAUAGACAAAACACAUUGGAUUUUGAAUAGCGCGCCCUCUGCUCGCACUGCGACUUUGGGGGAGUUUGCCCGUGGGCGGCCUCUACAGGCAGAAGGAAAAACGACACUCCCCUUGGUUUUUUUAAUACUAUUUUUCGCGCCACUGCCCCCUAGAGGCGGAAGGAAAAGAGACAUUCCCUUUGAUUUUUUUUUUGUGAUUUUGUGUGUUCAAAUGUCCCAUAGAGGCAGAACGAAGACAAUUUUUUAACAAAAUUAAUAAUAAUGGUCUUUAAUCCAUUGAUGUUUCCUCUUAAUAUAUUUAAACGCGAGGAUGGUAGAAUGUACAGCGAGAAAAUGUUCCUGAUUUCUGUCUCAAAUAAACUCCCCCUGGGUAUAGUUUCUAGUUUGUAUACAGUAGUAGCCAGGGAGCCUUGAAUUAACUCAAUUUUGAGAAUGAUAACCGUUGCCCAUUUACAGGUACUGUAUUUGUUUAUUGUAAAACAUAAGCUAAUUUUUAAUAAAUGGGUUUGAGCUUCUAUAGGAGUACGCUCCCACGGAUGUAGCUUUCUUUAAUAUGAGAGCUUGGCUGGAGAAAAAGAGCAUUCUUAUUUUAUUAUAUACCGUAUAUAUAUGUAAAAUAACUUUUAAGUCAGAAAAAAGCCACACAACAUAAACUUUGGCUUGUUGAUGUGUACAUGAUCUACAUGGAAAAUGAUUAUUUUUUAGGUGUGUUUUAAAUGAGGGGAGGUAGGGGUGUCCUACUCUUAAGGCAAGAUUUUUGGGGGGAAAGCACUGUGUUGGACUGGCCUUUGUUUUUAUUGAUGUCUUUUACUGUCUCUUAAGCAAUAUUUGGUUACAAAUGUUGGAAUGGGAGGUUAUGAUGCCUGUUUGGAGAAUUAUCUUUCUCCCUGAAAGGAAUCGCUGUUUUGUUGAAGGCUUUCAUGGCCGGAAUCACUGGGUUGCUGUGAGGUUUCCAGGCUAUAUGGCCAUGUUCCAGAAGCAUUCUCUCCUGGUGUUUCACCCACAUCUAUGGCAUAGAUGCCUGCUAUAGAUAUGGGCGAAACUUCAGGAGAGAAUGCUUCUGGAACAUGGCCAUACAGCCUGGAAAAUUCACAACAACCCAGAAUCACUGUUUGUCCUCCCUUAUGUUUGGAUUUUCUUUUAAGUGCGUGUUUGAUUUGCCUUUGUUUUUGCUGUUCCAACAAACAGUGUGCAUUGCCUUUUCUCACCCACUCAUCCCUACUCCUGCUCUCUUACUUUAAAUUUCAAUUAUCCUCCUGUAGCCCAGCCAAGAUGAGUUGGUUGAUUUUAUACAGUGGAAGUAAAAGUGUUACAAAGA